AUAUAACAGUCUCUUUCUUGGAACAAACUUGGAGAGGUUGGAGUACGUAGCUGCAGGAGAGAUGAUCUGGAAAAGUUUGUUUUUCAUUGGUUACUUCACCCAAACAAUUUUUUGCCUGAAUGGAAUCAGAUGGUGCACCAUUUCUGUAGAAGAGAAGAAAAAAUGUGAUGACAUGAUAGUAGCCUUAAAUCAAGCACAGAUUACCCCUUCUCUGUCUUGUGUGGAAGGGAAUUCAUCAUUAAUCUGUGCCCGCAUGGUGAACGAUAACUUGGCAGAUGCAGUAGCUUUGGAUGGCAGUCUAAUUUAUGAAGCUGGGAAGAAGUAUAAGCUGAAGCCAGUAGUUGGAGAGGUAUAUGAUCAAGGUGUGGGGACCUCAUAUUAUGCUGUCGCUGUUGUCUGGAAGAACUCUAAUAUCACCAUAAACAGUCUGAAGGGCACUAAGUCUUGUCACACAGGUUUACAGAAGUCUUCGGGAUGGAAUGUGCCCAUUGGCUUCCUCAUUGAUAGUGGACGAAUGUCGGCUAUGGUCUGUGAUAUUCCAAAAGGAGUGAGCAGCUUCUUCUCUAAAAGUUGUGUGCCAGGAGCCGACAAAUCCCUGUACCCCUCUCUCUGUGAGCUGUGUAAAGGAGAUGGUAGUGGUCAAAACGUGUGUGUCGCCAACGGGCAGGAGAUGUACCAGGACUAUGAUGGAGCCUUUAGGUGUCUGGUUGAAGGAGGAGAUGUGGCUUUUGUAAAGCAUAGCACAGUGCCGGACAAUUCAGAUGGCAUGAAUUCGGCUGCAUGGGCUAAGGAAGUCUUGUCCUCGGAUUACCAGCUGCUGUGUCGUGAUGGUUCUCGUGCGGAUAUCACUGGGUGGAGACAGUGUAACCUGGCCCGGGUCCCGGCUCGUGCUGUUGUGGUCAGACCUGAUGUGGAUGGAUCUCUUAUUUACAAGGCGCUUGAUGAAGGGCAGCAAAAAUACAAUGAUCUUAGCUCAAGCUUCAAGAUGUUUGACUCUUCUGCUUACAGUGGCAAGAACUUACUGUUCAGAGAUGCCACAACAGAACUCAGAUUGAUCUAUAACCAGACAUACCAAGCCUGGCUCGGAGAUGACUUUCUGCAAUCAAUGACAGGAAUAGACUGUGACCCUAACGAAUUACCAAAAUCCUUUCGAUGGUGCAGCAUAAGCACAGAAGAAGUGUGGAAAUGUGGAGCUAUGGCUGUUGCAUUUAAUGAAAAGACUUUGAACCCACCAAUCCAGUGCAUCUCUGCUGAAAACCAUGAGGAGUGUAUGAAAAUGAUUCAGGAUAAACAAGCUGAUGCAGUAACACUAGAUGGAGGUGACAUUUUUACAGCUGGGAAGACAUAUGGGCUAGUGCCAGCUGCUGCAGAGAGUUACUAUGAAAACAAAUCAUCUGAUAAUUAUUAUGCUGUGGCUGUGGUCCGUAAAAACCCUCUUGAUGCUUUUACCAUUAAUGAGCUGAAGGGCAGAAAAUCCUGUCACACUGGUUAUAUGCGCACAGCCGGCUGGAAUAUCCCAAUAGGUGUCCUGACUAGAAAGGGCGUCAUCAGACCAGAUGGGUGUAAUAUUGCCAAUGCUGUUAGUGACUUUUUCUCUGCAAGCUGCGUGCCAGGGGCAAACCAAAAAGAGUUCUCAGCUAAACUUUGCCAACUCUGUAAGGGUGAUGGGUCUGGAAACGGCAAAUGUGAAAACAGCAAUAAGGAAGAAUAUUAUGACUAUUCAGGAGCUUUUAGGUGUUUAGUAGAAGCAGGAGAAGUGGCGUUUGUCAAGCACUCAACAGUUUUUGACAAUUCUGACGGCAACAGCCAAGAGGCUUGGGCAAAGAAUUUAAAAUCUAGUGACUUCCAGCUGCUAUGUCCAAAUGGUGCCAGAGCGGAAGUGACUCAAUAUGAGGACUGUAACUGGGCACAGGUCCCUGCCCAUGCCGUUAUGGUUCAUCCAGAUACUAAUAUCCACGCACUGUUCGGCCUUCUUGACAUGGCACAGACUUAUUAUGGAGGAGACAAUAACUCGGAAUUUAACAUGUUUGACUCUUCAGCAUAUUCUAAAAAAGACCUAAUUUUUAAGGAUUCUACCUAUAAGAUUGUACCUGUGAAAGAGAAGAAGACAUAUGAACAGUGGUUAGGUAGAAAUUACAUUGAAUCCUUGGAGGGUCUGCAGUGUUCAUCUAGUAGUGCUAUAACUCCAGUGAACACACUCUUUUUGCUAAUUAGCACUAUCCUACUAAUUAAGUUUUGUGCAUAAUUACCAACUACUGAGACACCAAGAUGCCUUUGGAAAUUGCAGACGUUUUUCUUUUCACUGAAGACAAGUGGCCUAUAACUGAUGACUUUGCAGCAUGUGUAACAUUGCCCAUAUGAUCCCUGUCUUUGGGAGAAGACAAAUAAGAAUCCACUAUUUAUUAAGUUGGCAUUGCCAGAAGACAGAUGUUUACAUUACAUAUACUGUAUAAAUACCUAUAUACUGUACUUCUUCAUUGUGUUCAGAAGAGUGAUUUGUGUCAUAUAAUUUUGUUAUAGAUAGAAGUAACAUGUAAGCAUUUACUCACCCAAUGCUGUGCUGGGAGUAGCCUAUUCCAUGGUAUAGUAUAAGUACAUACAGACAAUUAAAGUGGCCACCACCAACAACUAAAAACGUUCCUUGUAAUCCACUGAAACUCUCAUGUCUCUCUUUGCUUUUGGCUGCUGCCUUCUCACAACACUGUUUCUUGCCUAGUGUAUAGUCCAAGCCAUGCACAAAGGGGAGAGAUGCCAGACUGCAGUGAGAAUACCAGUUAGGGUUUGCCAGCACCCAUCGAUAGUUACAAACUAUUAAUGGUUAACCACCAAAGCUAGAUGGUUUUGCCAUCAAUGGCAGAAAAAUGGAUUUCCACCAUCGAUGGUAGAGAGCCUCCCUAAUGUUUUUUUUUUUCUACUUGGGACACAAUGCCUAGAUUAAUGCCCUGCGAAGCCUUGCCCCACCUCUGAUUGGCCUACAGCCCAGUGAGUAAUAGAGCAGGGACCAGCUGUGUGUAAAACCAUUGAUGGUUCCCCUGUCGAUGGGUUUAUAACAUUGAGGAUAACUAUUGAUGGUUAAUCCACUGUUGGCCAUCCCUAAUACUAGUGUCAAUGUUAUCAAUGGAGCAUUGGGGGUAAUAGGGUCCUACAGUUUUUCUAUAUACUGCCCAGAGGCCUCACAUAGUUCAUUUUUUUGUAUUAGGUGCCGAAACUGGUUAUAAAUGAGGAAUGAAGGACAGUAGUAUAUUACACUCACCACUCCCAGUAGAAGAGGUUUGCUGAGUGGGUGCUCUUGGCAUUUCCCAAGCAAUCAGGCCCACUUACCAUUAUCACAGGAGACAGAUUCACAAUGCUGCCAUUGAACUCUGAAUCUCCCUAACUAUCUGUCACUUCCUGCUACUUCACAUCAGCAAAUCCUCUGAAUAGGGGAGAAAUGUCUUCUAAGUUCAUUUUUCAAUUUCAUAUAAAUAUAAUAGUUCCUGUAUCUUUCUUAUUCUAGACGUUGUAAUUGGGAAGGAUACACUAUGAGGAAAGUACAUAAAUUCAAUAGACUAUACAGAUAUUAUAUGUUUUGUACUUAUUGUUUGAUUCAUUGUUCUUCACAUGCAAAAAUCCUUAGGGGCAAAUUUACUAAGAAGGGAGUUCUGUCAAAGAUGGGAUGUUGCCCAUAGCAACCAAUCAGAUUCCAGGUAUUAUCUUCUAAAAGGUGCUAGAAAAAUGAGAAGUAGAAUCUGAUUGGUUGCUAUGGGUAACAUCCCAUCUUAAAUAGAACUCUCAUCUUAGUAAAUGUACCCCUUAGGUGGAGCAGCAGUAGACUCACUAGGCACUGGGACAGGGUCAAAGGCAUAAUGGGUAGAAUAUGUGGUAAGGCGCAAAUAUAUUUCACCAACCACCUACUGUAUUAUAAUGCGCCAACAGAACAACAAUAAAUUAUAUUAAAAUGA